CGCUUGUUUACUCAGGCACCGCAUCUUCAAUCCUCCAUCCCCCGCCCUCCCUCUGGUCCAUCCACCGAUUUGGUCGCCUGAUUAGGCUAUCUUUCACCUGUCAUAUUUCGACGACCCCGAUUUUCUUACUAAACGCAACACACGACUUUUCUGCUUUGUCCCCGAUUGCAUGCUCCUGUGUGAGCGCCCAGAAACCUGAUCCCCUUUGCGCACUCCGCUUGUGUGCACAAAGAUCUGCAACAUCCUGCAAGCCCAAGCGCAUCAUAUAUAAUACAGCACAAUGGCUGAUGGAGAGGAGGAUUUCUCCUCUUUGCCGUGGCCGGAUCGGUUCUCACACAAGAAUUGGAAAGUCCGAAAAGGUGGCUACGAAGACGCUAAACAACAAUUCGAAAAGACCGGCGAUGAAUCAGAUCCUAUUUUCACACCAUUCCUUCAGGACCCCGGCCUCUGGAAGGGCGCAGUUACAGACUCAAACGUCGCAGCACAAGCGGAUGGGUUAGCGUCAUAUUGUGCAUUUCUGAAAUUUGGUGGCCCCGCUGCUUGCGCGAGAUCUCGAGGAGCGACCGUCGCUGGCAUUGCCGAGAAGGGGCUGCCAUCAACGAGACCUGCAGCAAAGGCCAGCGCCAUCGAAGCUCUACUAUUAUGUGUUGAGAUGGACAAACCAGACCCUGUCAUCGAAGAGAUCCUACCCGUGCUGUCACACAAAGUACCGAAGGUUAUCGCUGCUACGCUUGCCGGGUUGACCGCCAUUUACCACAAUUUUGGGUGCAAGAUCGUCGAUCCUAAGCCAGUACUAAAAGCUUUGCCAAAGGUCUUCGGACACGCCGAUAAGAAUGUCCGUGCAGAGGCGCAGAAUCUCACAGUGGAGUUGUACCGAUGGCUGAAGGAUGCGAUGAAACCCGUCUUCUGGGGAGAUCUAAAGCCCGUUCAACAACAAGAUCUGGAAAAGCUGUUUGAGGCGGUGAAACAAGAGCCGGCCCCCAAGCAGGAGAGGCUGACCCACGCCCAGCAACUUGAAGCCGAGGCAGGUUUAGGUGGUGGCGCAGAUGGCGGCGAGGGCGAUGGGGGAGAGGAGGAUUACGGAGAGGACGACGGUGGUGAGGUCGAUGCUUUUGAUCUUACAGAAGCUGUUGACGUCUUCCCCAAGAUUCCCAAAGACUUCUCGGAGCAGCUAGCGUCGUCAAAAUGGAAGGACAGGAAGGAGGCGUUGGAUGCUUUAUACACGGUGCUGAAUGUCCCCAAGAUCAAGGAUGGCCCAUUCGACGAGAUUGUUCGUGGCUUGGCUAAGAGCAUGAAAGACGCAAACGUCGCGGUUGUGACAGUUGCAGCCAACUGUAUCGAUUUGUUGGCCAAGGGUAUCCGGAGCGCAUUUGUCAAGCAUCGUUCUACCGUCAUGUCACCGAUCAUGGAACGCCUCAAGGAGAAGAAACAAACUGUUGCGGAUGCUCUGGGCCAGGCCUUGGAUGCGGUCUUCAUUGCGACCAGCUUGAAUGACUGCUUGGAAGAAAUUCUGGAGUUUGUCAAGCACAAGAAUCCGCAGGUAAAGCAGGAAACCGUCAAGUUUUUGAUCCGCUGUCUUCGAACCACCAGAGAAGUUCCAUCGAAACCGGAAGUCAAGUCGAUAGCCGACGCGGCAACUAAACUUCUGACUGAUUCAGUUGAGGUUAACCGCGCAGGAGGUGCGGAGAUUCUCGGUACCCUGAUGAAGAUCAUGGGCGAGCGUGCGAUGACACCUUUCCUUGACGGACUAGAUGAUAUCCGCAAGACCAAGAUCAAGGAGUACUUUGAAACGGCAGAGGUCAAAGCAAAGGAUAGGCCGAAGCCUAUUGUUGGCCCACCAAAGACAGCAUCCGCGCCCGCUGCAAAGAAGGCCGUUGGGACCAAGAAGCCACUGGGACUCAAAAAGCCUGCCGCAGCUCCUGCACCUCCGGCUGAUGAUCCGGCACCUAUUGCUUCCCCGUCUAAACCCGCGACAAGAUCCAUUCCAUCAAAGCUGGGUGGACUACCCAAACCUGGUGGUGGGCUUCCAACUCCUGGUGGGGCGCUGAAGAAGAAGCUGGGUGGACCAGGGGGUCUGGCCUCACCACAGAGACGAGUUAUCUCACCACCAUCUGAGGAACAACCACAACAGCCGCCAGUUUCUAAGUUCGGUCUUGGGCGGGGACUCGCAGGGCGGCCGAUUGCUAAGCCAUCUGCCCCAAGUGAGCCAGCGCCAGCACCAGCAGCUCCUGCUCUUACCGGAAUUGCUGCCAUCGAACGUGCUGAACUCGAUGAACUUCGGGCUGAAAAAGAACGCUUUGUCCGAAUGAUUGACGAUUUGAAAUCCGAAAGAACAAAGUUGAAUUCCCAAGUAAUCGAACUUCAGAACCAGAAUGCACAGCUCAUUGAAGACCAUACAAGGGAUGUGUUGAGCGUCAAGGCGAAAGAAACACAGGUGGUUCGGGCACGGAGUGACGCAGAAGCUGCCGAACAAACCGUCCAGAAACAGCAGCGGGAGAUUGAUCGCCUUAAGCGUGAGCUAUCACGAGCCCUUCGCUCUGGGGCGAUGAACUCUCCUACCGGCGUGCCAGACCAGUUUGGCAUGCCCAUCCCUGACCCAGCUUCCAUCUAUCAGGACCCCAGCAAUGGGCAUUCCCCACUGCCCCGGACUGGUCUUCACAUGGGUGCUCGAUUUGAUAACGCACGGCCGCGGAGCUAUGCCUCUGCUAGCCCCAGCGAGGAGAAAGAGAAUGGUCUUGAAUCACCGGGCCUCAGCCGACGCAAGUUUAGCCCAACGUUUGGUACGGCUUACUCGGGCAUAGCCAGCCCGACACGGUCGUCUAUGCUCGGGUCGGGCAGUGCUUCUGGUGAAGAACAAUCAACUAGGAGCGCUGAGCCAGCUGAGAACUGGAAGAGGGCCGCUGAAGUCACAAGCCAACUCAAGGCACGAAUUGAACAGAUGAAGGCCCGGCAAGGACUCACACGACCACCCGCACAACGUUAACGACUGAAUGAUCCUACUCUCUUACCUCACUUCCUCCCUACCUACUCUAUAUCCUCUUUCUUACCUCAGCGCUGUAGCCUCGUCCUUUCCCAGUUUAACCUAAUGAACUUGUACGGUUAGAGCCUAAGGUUUCCUUUCUUCCUUUCGACUUUUGUAUUAACGAGUCGGAUUUUCGUUUGAUUUUUAUCGCCCUGCGCGAGCUUCUUGCCGGUUCUGCUUUUUCUUAAGCUUGAGAGUGUGCACAAAAAACUGGGUGGUUCUUACGGGGCAAUUCUUCUUAUCAUCAUCAUCUCUGGUUUGCAUAAUGGUCGGGUCUGUUUUUUUCUUUCUUUCUUUUUUUUUUUUCUCUGUUUUCAGGUUGCCUUAGCUCCAGUCUACACUAUAUCACUGCAUGGGUUACCUACCAUUCACAAACUUGAUGGUGCUUAGAUCCUACUAGGCACUUCGCAUUGCUUGUCUUCUUCCUUCUUAGAAAGAACUUUGCCCCCCCCAUCGUCCCUUCCCAUAUCAUGCUUUAUAGUAGACUUUCGGCACAAGGCAAGCGCGACUGAUCACGUCAAGGACGCUCCUUCCAGCUUUGGCCAGCCCCUCUUCGUACCUUCCUACUUGGACACGAUCCUGGCUCCCGACUCAAGCUCUGUAACGCAGCUUACCUCACGUUUCCAUAUACCUCGAAUGAUCCGGGGGUAUACGAAAGCUGUUAAGGCGUCCAAUUUGUACAGCAUUUUGCUUCACCUAUUUGACGUACAGCAUGGAGGUACGAGAGCCUACGUUGGAAAAUACAGCGCGCAGUACUCAUGAAUGCUUCGGUUAUGGAGUUACAAGGGGAGGCAGGUGAGGUUUGAAAUGCAUUCAUGGGUAUCUGCGCCGCAACUAAAGAAAAAACACAAGGGGACCAUCAAGAUGGAAUGGGAUUGAGCUUUCGGGAUAGGGUGCCAAAAAAAGUCUUGUUCUUGUUCCACCCAUCAUCAUCACUAAUGCUAAGUCGAACGAGGAGAGAAGUCCUUAUAACACCAUUCUCCAGUCAAAUCGAUCCCAGUUGUUUUUUUGACCUAAUUGAACAAUGCCUAUUUUUGCUUUUGAAGAGCCCAAGACCCGAGGGUAUCCGUCAUUAUCGUGCAAGAGGGUAGCUAAGCGGGAGAUGCUUAGACACGGAUAGCGGCCUCAGCAGCCUUGCGCUUCUUCUCCUGGCGGGCAAUAGCCUUGGGGCCCAUGAUACCACCACCCCAGUGGCGGCGGGACUCCUCGUACUUGUCGCCGUAGCCCUCCUUGAUGGCGGAGAGGAGCUUGGCGAACUCGGACUUGUCCUCGGAGCGGACCUCGGUAAGAGCGAGGACAGCAGCGGUCUAACUAUGGUUAGCAUCGUAUGUCCUAGGCUUAGUCAUGCAAAAAAAACUGACCUUCUUGUGGACAACGGUACCGAGACGAGCCUUGCCCUUGACAAUGGCGUAAGGGACACCCAUCUUGCGGCAGAGAGCGGGAAGGAAGACAACCAGCUCAAUGGGGUCGACGUCGUGAGCGAUCAGGACGAGAGAAGCCUUCUUGUUCUCGACGAGUCCAACAACGUGGUUGAGACCGUACUUGACGUUGUAGGGCUUCUUGCUGACAUCCUCCUUCUUCUUGCCCUCGGCGACAGCGGUGGCCUCGGCGUGAAGACGGUCCUUCUUCUCAACCUUGGUCUCAGGGCGGUACUUGUUGAGGAACUUGAAGGUCUGGGCAGCGGUGUUGCGGUCCAGGGUGCUCUGGAACUGAGCGAUGGAAGGAGGAACCUUGAGGCGGAGGUUCAGGAUCUUCUUCUGGCGCUGAAGGCGGACAUACUCGGGCCACUUGACGAAGCGACCGAGGUUGCGCUUGGGCUGCACGUCCUGGCCAAUGCCGAAGUUACGGGGGCGGCGCUCGAUGAGGGGGUUCUAGAAAUCAAUUAGCACCAAGCCAUUUGUUGAACUGGGUUUCAAAUAAGCACAUACCUUGGGGCCCUUCUUGCUAGAACCAGCCUUGCCCUGGGGGUAAGGGAGGGGAGCGGCCUUCUUUCCGGACUUGGGAGGCUGUCAUUGAGAAAAGAAGAUCAGCAUACGUCCACCAAUGCUGCAUCUUCCUUGAACUCUAGAGAGAACACAGGCCUAGUCUUUCGACUCGACCUGCGACUCCAGCCAAAUCAUCACUGACGCUCGCAUCCUCUUUCGAGGAAUUGUGCGAUCAAUGGAAAUUGCUUCGAAAAGCUUUGCGAAAACGCAAUGAAAUAUCCUCUCACGACAUUAUCGCGAAGCUGAUCGAGAGCUCUAUUCGACUGACGCAAAGCCAAACUGAGUUGCUAUGUGCUUACCAUUGUUGUCGACUGUGAUCCGCGGUGUGCUGGUUGACGGGAUUGACAAAGAGAGAAAG